ACAGCACAGGACGGAAUGUGCGCUGUGGCAGAGCACAGAGGCAUUUGUUUAUCUGCUGUAGUUAUACGGCUUAGCUAGCCGGCCAGCUAGCUCGCAAGAGUAAAUCGCCCACAAUAGGACUUAUUGCACUGGAAUAACGCUUGGAAGAGCGACAGCUGAACUAUGAAGCUUUUUACGGUAGCUAGCCGACAAACCAAGGACGUGACUAGUCAUCUCAACACUGCUGGGGGGUAAGUGAAGGAUAUUGUACCCCUAGGAUGGACAGUUACUUCAAAGCUGCUGUGUGUGACUUGGACAGGCUUUUGGAUGACUUUGAAUUAAACACAGAGGAGGCAGAGAAUAAACUUACUACAUUUGUAAAUUCUGAAUGCCAAGGCUCAACCUCUUACCCUCGUCACUGUUUGGGAUCUCGCUGCUUUACACCAGAGACAUCCACAGUUUCACAAACUCUCCCUGAUGUCAAUGACCUACACUAUAGUCCAGCUACAAGUAGCAGCACUCAAAACCAAAGAGACGAAGAGGCAAAGGGGAAGGCGUUGGCCGGUGUUGACCUCUUAUCCUCUGUUGACAGCAGGGCUUCCAAAGGCUUGACUCCUCCAUGUCCAGAUAGAUCUUUGAAGCCUGUCUGUGACCUAGUUAAUGAUACAGGAUCAGCAAGUCUCCCACAGGUAAACAGUCUUGAUGCCUUGAAAGUGCUGGAGGUUGCUGAAAAACAGCUUAAGGAGGAGCUGCUGGUGGAUUUUGAUAGUCCAGUUGUGUCAUUUCCGGGAGGUUCGUUUAAACAGAGUGAAGAGUUACAACAGUUGAACUAUGAUGGCCACUUCACUGGCUCUUCUAGCACUCUCAGCUUGCUGGAUGUCAUAUUGCCUGCAGCUGUGGAAAGGACUAGUGAAACUCCGAACAUUUCAAAUAACCUAAAACCUUUAGAUAAUAAUGAAGUGGAGAUGCCUCAGAGUUGUUGUCCAGACGUCUCAAACUUGUAUGAAAUUCACAGCAACUCCCAGUGCUCUUUAGAAGACACUAUUAACCCGGAUAACCUAGUUUCUUCUAGUGUGAUAGAGGACAUUAUAGGAACCAGUGAUGCUGGAACAAGUCUGUCCAGCUUGGCAGAUAUACAGCUGAGUGCGGGUAACAGCGAUGCGGGCCAAGAAACUUCCUCAGCCAUUCCCUCUAAAGAAGGGGCAUCUUCCCUCUCAUGUCUCCCUAUGGCUGUAUCCAUGUGUGGAUCUCUUGUGGCCUCUUUUGACCAUCAGGAGACAAUGUUGCAAGAAACCAAAGACAAAACUGAAGACCCACCUUCUGACUGCAAAGAAAUUCCAGCCAUUGUAGAGGCUGAGGACUUUAUUGUGCCAUCUGUUGAAGUAGGGACUUCUAUAUGUCUUAGCCAGGUGGGUUCCUGCCCAGAGGAUGAUCCCGAACUGGUACAAAUAAUGGCAAAUCCAGAAGGGGCAGCAUCCUUUACAUCUCUUCUCCCUGACAGAAACUUUGAUUGCACCAUAUCUCUUCCAAAGACUCUCGUAUAUAGAGACAUGCCUGAGGGUAGCCAGUCUCCUAGCUAUACAGGGAGCCCUGAUGACCCCUCAGAGUUUGACUUCACCAGUGAUUACCUGCCUGAAAGUGAGCAAAAUAUCAUGUUAGUAACUGACGAAGAACUAGAUGCUUACUUGAUGGGGCAAGCAGAUAAAGGCAACCCUGAGAUGUCGGCAGAAAGAUUUGUAGUUGAUGACCUUUCAGGAUUUAACAGAGUUUUAGAGGGAGAGUUAGUAGACAUAAUUGUUUCACCUGAAAGUGACAGAUCUGGUAGGUAUUUGGAGGAGAGUGAACGUUUCAAUAUUUCCUUAUCUCAGGAAAGUAGCUCCUCGAAACCAGACAUGCAAAUGAUUAAGAAACACAAUGUGCCCAGUCCCACUGAGUUUCAGGCUGUGGGCAACACAACCCAACAACCAUGGUAUGGAGGAGCACGGCCAAAGCAGUUGUCUGGCCAAACAGCAAGCUCACUACCACCACAAGAGGAACAGAGUAGUUCUCAAUCAGAGGAGAAUGUGUCGAGUUCUGAAGAUGAAACUACACAGUCUUCUCCUGUAACUCCUACAGUGAGUGAGACUCCCAGCCAGGGUGAGAAUAACUCAAAGUACCCCAGUCAUGAACACUAUGAUGACAGCUAUGGCCAGGAAGAGCUUUCAGAGCCCCCACCUUACCCAGGGGAGAUUUCUGGAGAAGGAGUGUCUUCACUCGAUUGGUCAGGAGCAGAAGAGGACGGCCUGGGUUCAAGGCAGCCACCUUGGGUCCCUGAUUCUGAGGCUCCCAACUGUAUGAAAUGUGCACAAAGGUUCACCUUUACCAAGAGGAGGCAUCACUGCAGAGCCUGUGGCAAAGUAUACUGUGCUGUUUGUUGCAACCGUAAAUGCAAACUGAAGUAUUUGGAGAAAGAGGCAAGAGUUUGUGUCGUCUGCUAUGAAACCAUACAAAAAGCUCACGCCCUUGAGAGGAUGAUGAGCCCUACCGGCCCUAGCCCUAACCCCAGCGUGCCCUCUGAGUACUGCUCCACCAUCUCCCCCCUGCAGCAGGCACGUGCAGCUGGCACCCUCAACUCCCCCCCACCCACCGUCAUGGUGCCUGUCUCUGUCCUCAGGCACCCCGGCAACGACGGUUUUCCGAGAGAACACAAGCAUGUUUGGUUUGCUGAUGGAAUCCUGCCGAACGGCGAAGUGGCAGACACCACAAAGCUCUCUGUGAGGCCCCGGAGAUCCUCACAGGAAUCCAGUCCAGUCACACCAGACCCUUCAAUGCCUGACAGUAAGGAUUGUGAGGGAGGUGACCCUGAGGGCAGCGCAGAGGUGACCUGCCUGGUGCCCAGUGGGCCCUGGGACUACGCCCUACUCUGUGGCCUGGGCAGCUGUGUGGAGCCUGUGCCUUCCCUUGUGCCCGAGGAUGAGGAGGGACUACCACCAUUGCUCAUUGCCACCGGAGAUGAAGAUGGAGGGGAUUUAUUGGUGGAGGAGCGACCGGCCACCUGCCAGAUUAUGCUGCUCUUGGAGGAAGGAGGUCCAAGACCUUUGACCUUUGUGCUGAAUGCCAACCUCGUGGUCAAUGUCAAGUUGGUAACAUAUUGCGAGAGGAAGUGCUGGUGUUUGGGUUCCACUGGUCUGCAGGGAGUGGGCCAGAAAGAGCUGGUGUUUGUUCUCGAGCGUCUCUCAGAGGAGAACAGUUUGCCUAGAGACAUCUUCAACCUUUACAUUAGUAUAUACCAAGAUGCUCAGAAUGGGAAAUUUAUUGAGGAGCUUGGCAAUGUGACAUUUGCAGACAAAUUUCUGGAAAGCAAGGACCAUGGUGGUUUCCUUUUCUUCUGUCCGAGUUUUCAGCCUUUAGAGGGGCUUGCACUGCCCCUCAGCCCCUUCCUAUGUGGGGUCCUCCUUCACAAACUGGAGGUUCCCUGGGCCAAAGUCUUCCCCCUCCGCUUGUUGCUCAGUUUGGGGACAGAAUUUAGUGUGUAUCCCAGCCCACUAAUUAGUGCCAGGUUUCGUGAGUCUGUCUUCAGGGAGACAGGACAUACCAUCAUGAACCUUCUUGCUGAUCUGAGAAAUUACCAGUACAGUGUUCCUGUAGUCGAGGGCCUACGGAUCCACAUGGAAGUGGGCAACAGCUACAUCGACAUACCAAGGUCAAAGUUUAAUGAGAUGACCAAGGUGGUGAGUUCCUCCAAUGAGCACGUCAUAAGCGUGGGAGCUUGUUUCAGUACCGAGGCAGAUUCGCACCUGGUCUGCAUACAGAACGAGGAUGGCAGUUACCAGACUCAAGCCAACAGCAUUCAGGGAAAGACCAGGAGAGUGACUGGAGCAAGCUUUGUGGUUUUCAAUGGCGCUCUGAAGGCCUCAUCAGGAUUUCUUGCCAAAUCUAGCAUUGUGGAAGAUGGGCUGAUGGUGCAGAUCCCUCCGGAGACUAUGGAGGCUCUGCGGCAGGCCCUGAAGGACCAGACGGACUUCCAGAUUGCAUGCGGGAAGGCCGACUCCAGCGAUUCCCGAGAGAAUGUCACUGUGCGCUGGGUAGACUGGACUCCUCUUGUCAAUACUGGCAUUACCAGUCCCAUAGAUGGGAAGUCCCUGGAGGGGGUGCCCAGUAUCCGGAUCCAACAGGACUCAGAGUUUGAGAUGGAUAAGCGUGCCAUUCGGUGUACCGAGGUGUUUUACCUGCUGAAGAGCCCAGACUGCUCCCUGUCCAGUGUGCUUGCCUCCUGCAGUCAGUUCCAGAGAGAGAUCGCUACCGCUAGCUGUGCCGCCCUCUGUCCCCACCUCACUGUCCUCAUCACGAGUGGAAUCAACGCUAUUGGACUUCGGGUGUCCACUGACACUGACAUGGUGGAGUACCAGGCUGGUUCAGGAGGACGGCUCCUACCACAGAAAUAUCUGAAUGAGCUGGACGGGGCCCUCAUCCCCGUCAUUCAUGGAGGAAGCUCUUCUGUCCCUCACCAAGCAGUGGACAUGGAGUUCUUCUUCUACAUCACCCAGAGUUUCUGAAUCAAGAGGGUGAGAGCAACGCCUUCCAGUGGCAGGGAUGUUGGUCCUCCUUUGAGCCAACAAAUUGUAUUCUGGAAAGACACACGGCCAAAGGUUGGCGCAGACAAACGCAAGGUAUGCAAAGAAGUGUCUGUAUAGGACAAACAGGGAAAAUGUUUGUAAGAAAAUGUCCAUUGCACUGCAUAGCAAUUGGUGUAAUUAAUAUUAGAAUGAUCAAGAAUGGAUUAAAUCUUAUUUGAUGCAGUUUGUUGAAAUUUAGUUUUGUGUACAAAACAGCAAGAUGAUGAUGAUGAUAAUAAUAAUUAUAUAAUAAUAUAUCGUUAUUGUUAUUCUUUAUUAUUAUUCAAGAGUAACAAAUAACAUUAUUAGAAUUAUAUAAUAAUAAUAAUAUUAUAUUACUUGGAGUGAACAGACUUUGCACCUAAGGCACUGCACUGCUUUUUAAAUUGUUUUCUGAUUGAGAUUUUGCAUCUGCGGUGUGUCUUUGUCAUAAGUGCUUGGUGUCAAUCCUUGAAGUAGCUUCCAGUGAGCCUGUGAGUCGUCUGAAAGGGUUACUUGUCAUUUCGCUUCUAAUACAGUAAACUGUGAGCCUUCAUUUCCCCCGGCUUUGGAAAGCACACGGGGGUUCAUGAACAUCUCUGUUUAUUUUAAAUGGGUAGAUGGAGUUAGUUAAUUUUCUGAAGCUUUUAUUAAGCUUAAAUACUAUUUUUGAAUAGUUCUGUGUGUUGAAUAAAGGUGAUAUUUUUGAUAGGCUACAUAAGUUACCUUCAGAGUCACUUGCAGAAGAGCUGAUUUGCAGUCUUAUGAUGUUUUUUAAAACAUACUCUAUUAUAUGUUGAAUAAAGUGUCAACACUAAAAAAUGCUGUACAUACAAUUUGCAGAAUUUGCGCACUGAUUUGUUCUCUGUUGUAGUGGGUUUGUAGACGUUUAAAACCCACUUUGAGAUGUUAAAUGAAAAUUAGUCUUUAGAAAUGACUCCCCAUCUUAACACAUACAAAUAAAAUGUUACUUUUUGUACCAAACAUAUUUGGAAAUAAUUUAUUGUAAUGUUUUUGUUUGUUUGUUUGUUUUUUGUUCAUCCACUAUUUUAAUAUAAAGUAUUGUAAUACAUAUACCAUAAAUUUGACUAUAGUAAUGUCUCAUUUUACAAAUGUAGCUUUGUAAAAUGUCCUGAUUUGAUCUUGUAUAUGUCACUCACGUUAGUGUUAUUUUAAGAGUAUAACAGUCAGUUUUAGUUGGUGUGUUUUUUGUCUGUUUUGUUUUUAAGGAAAUCUUCCAGGAUUGCUUAACCUAAUCCUCAACUAGAGAUUGAUCUUAGUUGUCCUAUACCACCCCUGGCCAGUUGGUGAAGCUUGAUUGAAUAUUUGAACAUGUAGCUGCUAAAUUCCUGCAUACCCAGUGAUUUAUAGUAUUACUUCAAAAGGUCAUUGAUUCACCUUUUAUACACACAGAGUGUUAAAUCUCAGGAGGUCUCAUGCGUUUGUUGCAGUUUCCUGAAUGGACUAUAGCUGGGAAGUUAUGAAUGUCAUGAUUUGUCCAGUAGAUGGUGGUGAUGAACUCUCCUUAGAACAGAUAUAUUGCACCUUAUCUAGCGACAUAUGAGGUGGGUCAGCAGGAGUGUCAUUGUGCUGAUGUCAUGUUUUGCCACUGCUGUUGGUGAUGGAUUGCACAGGCUAUGUUUGUUAGCAGAACUCAUGGUGAUUUUACUGGAGCUAAUUUGAUGUAUGCCUAAUAAAUGCAGAAAGGGGAAUGAUUGAGAAAUUGUCUAAAAACCAGCAAAAUGAAGUCCUUAGAUGCCAACCAUUUAACAGGUUAGAUAUUAAGUAUGCACUUUUAUGAUGAAUGGUGAACUUAAUGACUAAAAACUGAUUGUACUUUCAUAUUUCCUUUCUUGUACGGUGUCUACUAAGAAAUAGUACACUUCCAUUUUGUGAUUUUAUUCGAAGUCUAAAUUUGAUGGGUGGUGUAUGAUUCAGUAUUCCACAUUUUUAAGAACUGUAUGUUCAUGGUGAUACAACAGGAAAAAAGCCAAGUGCAGUUUGUGUCAGGUUGAUAAACAGAGGGGGUGCCACGUCAUUCUGUUGGUCCAGUUCUGAUGGGGGCUGCAGAUCUUUCAAAUACUUUAAGUAAAUGGAAAUGAUGUGUAAAUACAGAUGAUGUUAUGGAUGGAUCCAGAGUAAAUGUGAUCAUUUUGUAGACAUCUUGGAUAACUUUCUACUCCCUUAUAGCUGGAGUGAGUACAGUUGUAGGGGAUUUAAAUUAUUUUUCUCACCAUUGUUGAUUUACUUGAUACAUCAUCAAAAAAAGGUUAUGCUUUACAAAAAGAUGUUAAAUUGUACCAUUUUGCAUAAUGUGUAUUUAUUUAUGAAAACAGCUUUAUUUGGAGAUACUGGUAUCUGGGACCUAAGAAUGUUCUUGUAAUAACAUUCAUUUCUAAUAUGUAUCACAUGUAGAAUAAAAUUUUUAUAUAUGCACAA